AGGGCGGGAUUGAAGAAGGAGGAGGGCAGGCAGGCGGAAGUAGGUGGAGCUCCGACUGACUGGGAAAUGUCAGCCGAUUGACUAGGAGUGGGUUUUCUUUUUCCCGGAGCCCACAGGCCUUCGGGUGACCACCGCCACAGUCGCCUGGGACUGAAGGAUCCGUGACCCCGGCAGGCUGCGGCGGACGCGAAGCUUCUGAGUCCCUUCCAGACGCUGUCUGGCGAGGUCCGACGUGAACAGAUAUGGUCCAGAACUAUCCAUGAAUCAGUUUGGUUGAAGAUUGUGAACAUUCAAUAAUGAGUGGUGCAGCUUUAGGACUUGAGAUUGUUUUUGUCUUUUUUCUGGCAUUGUUCCUCCUGCAUCGAUAUGGAGACUUUAAGAAACAGCAUAGACUUGUAAUCAUCGGAACACUGCUUGCUUGGUAUCUCUGCUUUCUUAUUGUCUUCAUACUGCCACUGGAUGUUAGUACGACAAUAUAUAACCGAUGCAGGCAUGCUGCUGCAAAUUCCAGCCCUCCUGAAAAUAACAAUGUUACAGGAGUAUAUGCAUCCAUCCCUCCAGCUCCAAGACAACGUCCAUGUUUCAAGCCAUGGAGUUACAUUCCAGAUGGAAUCAUGCCAAUUUUCUGGAGGGUAGUUUAUUGGACAUCACAGUUUUUAACGUGGAUUCUGUUACCUUUUAUGCAAUCAUAUGCAAGAUCUGGAGGUUUUUCCAUCACCGGAAAGAUAAAAACAGCCCUGAUUGAGAAUGCAAUCUAUUAUGGCACUUACUUACUGAUAUUUGGAGCAUUUCUAAUUUAUGUAGCUGUAAACCCACGUUUGCAUUUAGAAUGGAACCAACUUCAGACUAUUGGGAUAGCUGCUGCCAACACAUGGGGUCUGUUUCUCCUUGUGUUAUUAUUGGGGUAUGGCUUGGUGGAAAUUCCUCGGUCAUACUGGAAUGGAGCCAAAAGGGGUUAUCUUCUUAUGAAGACUUACUUUAAGGCAGCCAAACUGAUGACAGAGAAAGCAGAUGCAGAAGAGAAUUUGGAGGAUGUAAUGGAGGAGGUUCGUAAAGUAAAUGAGAGCAUCAAGUAUAACCACCCAUUGAGAAAAUGUGUUGACACAAUACUUAAAAAGUGCCCUACAGAUUAUCAGGAAAAGAUGGGUAGGAAUAUGGAUGAUUAUGAAGAUUUUGACGAAAAGCGUAAUACCUACCCAAGUGAAAAAAGUUUGGUAAAAUUGCAUAAACAGGUGAUUUAUUCAGUUCAAAGGCACCGUCGGACUCAAGUGCAAUGGCAGAUUCUUUUGGAACAGGCAUUCUAUCUAGAAGAUGUAGCAAAAAAUGAAAGUAGCGCAACUCACCAAUUUGUUCACACCUUUCAGUCACCUGAGCCAGAAAAUCGAUUUAUCCAAUAUUUUUAUAAUCCUACUGUUGAGUGGUACUGGGAAUGCCUUUUGCGUCCAUGGUUUCACAGGACCCUUGCUGUGGUGUUGUCUAUCUUCUCUGUGAUUGUUGUGUGGUCAGAGUGUACCUUCUUUAGCACAACUCCUGUCUUAUCCCUUUUUGCAGUAUUCAUACAGCUGGCAGAAAAAACAUACAAUUAUAUUUAUAUUGAGAUUGCUUGCUUCCUUUCCAUCUUCUUCUUAAGUAUCUGUGUUUAUUCUACUGUGUUCAGGAUUCGCGUAUUUAACUACUACUACUUGGCUUCACAUCAUCAGACUGAUGCUUACAGUCUUCUUUUCAGUGGCAUGUUAUUUUGCCGUUUGACUCCUCCUUUAUGUCUUAACUUCUUGGGAUUGACCCAUAUGGAUUCAUCCAUCUCCCACCAGAAUACCCAGCCAACUGCAUAUACAUCUAUCAUGGGUUCCAUGAAAGUUUUAUCCUUUAUUGCAGAUGGAUUCUAUAUAUAUUAUCCUAUGUUGGUAGUAAUUCUCUGCAUUGCUACAUAUUUUAGUUUGGGCACCCGUUGUUUGAAUCUGCUUGGUUUCCAGCAGUUCAUGGGAGAUAAUGAUAUGACAUCAGAUCUAGUUGAUGAAGGAAAAGAAUUAAUCAGACGAGAGAAAAGAAAAAGGCAAAGGCAAGAGGAAGGUGAAAAUAGAAGAAGAGAGUGGAAAGAACGUUAUGGACACAACAGAGAGGAUUCUACUCGGAACAGAAACGUUCAUCCUGAUCCCAAAGAGUCAAAUUUCUCAGACACUACUACCAAUUGGUCAUCCAAAUACACCAGGGCUAAUAACAGGACUGAAAGAGACCGAAUAGAACUUCUCCAGGAUGCAGAACCUCUGGAUUUUAAUGCAGAAACAUUUACUGAUGAUUCUCUGGAACCUGAGUCAGGAAGGUAUCAACCUGGUGGACGAUAUCUCUCCAUGUCUUCCAGCAUAAUAUUUGAAGAUAUCUAAAGUCUGAAGUAAUUCAUAGAUCAAGUAACCAAGGUCAACACAUCAGCUGAGCCCUUGUGAACAUCUUUGUGCCCCAUUUCCUCUGUUCUCUCUAUAAAUGGUGUGAAGAUAAAAAAACAGCAUUGAAACAUCGAUCACAUCUUAACAAUAUUAGGUUAUGGUUUGUUGAAUAGAGCAUCCUCUUUUCUGAUAGGCUUUAUUGGAUACCAUCUGAAGCAUCUGCCUUAAAGGGUAGUUAAGUGGGAGGAUUCAACUCAUGAUAAACAGAGCUAACUUGAUUUCAUGCUAAUUUUUAGGAGAGUUAUUUUAAAGUUCAAUGAAGCCAUAAGUCAUACUAAAUUCUACAAUUUUGUAACUGUAAUUUAAAUUUUUACUAUUUCUUUAAAAAUUUUCAACCUACAUUUUCCAAAGAACUGAAAGUGAACUGAGACCUCAAAUAAUUACCAUAUUCACUAAACUCAUGUCUUAAAGCUUAUGUAUCAGACAUAAGUGAAUGUAAACAGUUCUUCUUCAGAUCUGUAUACACUUCCGUGGGAUUAUGCAUGUGUAAUUAAGAUGAUUCUUCAAUUGAUAGUGUCCUUAGCAUGUGUAUUCUAAUUGGAUGAUAUGUUAUUCUUUUCUGUCUUUGUAGUAAUGAUAUUUUUAUGGUUUUGAUAUUGCUUUGUAAAAGAUUCUCAUUUCAGAGAAAAAUGUUCAUCUUUAACACUUAGAAUAUUGACUUGAUGAUACUCAUUCCAUCCAAGAAAAAUCCUAAAUAUUAGUGAUGAAUACAUUUGUUUAUUUUAUAGCCAAAGAGGUCCCCAGAUUCUCUAAUAUUUACAUUUUUUUUAAGAUUUAUUUUAUUUAUAUGAGUACACUGUAGCUGUUUCCAGACACACCAGAAGAGGGCAUCAGACACCUUUAUAGAUAGUUGUGAGCCACCAUGUGGUUGCUGGGAAUUGAACUCAGGACCUUUGGAAGAAGAGUCAGUGCUCUUGACCUCUGAGCCAUCUAUCUUUCCAGCCCCAAUUCUCAAAUAUUUAAAAGAUGCCUGUUAAUGCUCCUUGUAAAGAAAACAUCUGGCUGUUUCAGCUAUUGAAUGUUAAAAAGGAAAAUAAUCCAUUUAUGAAUAUUACUAACACUUAAAUUACAGCUUAGAAAAAAAACAGAAAAAUGUAUUAGGAUGAAAAUGUAUAGUAAUAACUUGUUUGUUAAACAUGCUUAUUAUUUUAAAUUGGUUGUUUCAACUUUUGCAUUUAAGCCAAAGUUGGGUAUUAUGUUUUAAAGAGCCAGUGUUUUAUUUCCAAGUGAACAUGGCUUAGCAAGUGUUAGCAGGGAUUGUUCUAUUUGUGUCUCUUACAGAAUACAUUCUACAUGGGGUGAUCAGACUUGAACUUGUCCAGGACAGUUUCACACCUAUUUUCCUUGCAGUUAUUACUAGUGCUCAAGUGUUACUCUGUCAUAUGUUGAGGAUAGUUCUGUAGAAAUACUGCAAGGAAGUAUUCAAUUCUCAUCUCUUUUUUAAUGGCUGCAUUUUUUAAUGACCUUCCACAUAGAUCCCCCUUUAAAUAAUUAUCAAUAGAUAGAUUUACCCUGAAUUGAAGGCUGCAUAGUCCUUGAUCCUAGGACACAAUGCUUAUAACCUUUUACUGUGAAAUGCAGUCAGAGAGCAGUUGACCAGAACAGUGAUAAUGUAAUGCUGUUUAUAAUUUCAUGAUUGGUUCCUGGAAUACCUUUGGCAGAUCACGGAAUCUUUCAGUGCCUCAGUUUCUUCAUUUUCAGAAUGAAGGACUUAUUUACUACUUUCCUACUGAUCUACCUCACUAAACUGUUGUGAGGGAGUUAAAUUGAUGAUCAUGUGCUCUGCUGGGGUUUAGAAAGACAAAGCAAGUUGUCUGCUGUGCUGCUCGCUCCUGCCCUCCCUCUCUCCCUCCCUCCCCCACCCCCUCUCUCCUUUUCCUAGUACUUUGAAGGGACAGGGGUGAUUAUCGCAGAAGGGGCCUUUGAGAAGCUUCAAAGUCCCCAAAGCAAAAUGAACUAGUUUGUGUGAAGUUCCUGAAAUAGUGACUCAUUCUUUGUUCUGUGGAUUUACUUUGAAAUAUUUUUCUUCAAUAUGUUUUUGACUUUUUUCCCUUAAUAUUUAGAUGUCAGAGUAGAAGGAUAAAAAGAGAAGGACUGUCCAGUUUUACUAUUGACUUUCAUAAUGCACUAAGACAGAUUGAUAGGAACAUGCAAAGGAAUUCAGGUACUUCCCUUUAAGAUUACACUAACCGAAGUAUACAUAUAUGUGCAGAUUUUUCACAAAUACUGCAUCUCUUUGUAGUUUUUUGAGUUAUUUCCACAGUGAGUUUUUGUUGUUUCAAUGAUCCAGAGUGUUCAAAAUUUUAAGGAGUUUUUCUUACAGGGUUUUGUAUGCAACCAUAUAGAAAAGUUACUUUUGUUGGGUAAACUUGAGUUUAGAAGGCAGUAAUUUAAAGCUGGAAGCCUUGACUUUAUUUCUGAGAAAUUAAGUUAAUAUUUAUUAAGCUGCUCUAAGUAAAACAUUGAUAGUGUGUACAGUAUUUUUUUUCAGACAUGUAUUAACAUAUAAUGACAUAGUCAUAAUAUUACUACAGAAUUCAUAUGCUUUAUGUGCAAAGUGGUUUUCUUAAAGAAUUAUUUCUGGUAUUCUUUUUCUUACAUGUUAACAAAUAUCAUAGAAUUAUCUAAAAUUUUGGUUUUUUGAGAAAGUGUUUCAUGUACCAGGCUGGCCUCAAACUCUGUAUAUAACUGAGGAUGGCCCUGAACUCCUGAUCUUCCUCCACCUCCCAAUUUCUACAAUUACAGAAAUGUGCCACAGCACCCAGAUCAAUUUUUUUAAAUAAUUAUUAGUUAAGAAUAUUUAACAAGCUAAUAAAUCAAAAUAAGUAUUAUAGAAAAAAAUCUAUAAAUUUCAAGAAAUCAGUUAUAUAUAUUGCUAAUUUACCUUUUAAAACUAUAUAACCCUUUUAUUAAUAGCACAUUUUUGUAAAAGAAUUCUAAGAAGAAUUAAAAUAUAAAUAUAAUUACAAAUAUUUGCUUUUGGACUACAUACAUACCAGAGUUUUAGAAUAGUUUUAUCCCACAAAAGGAUCUCAUUUUACAAAAGUGUUAUGAGUUAAAGCAUCGUAAAAACAGAUGAGAUUCUGCAUAUAUGUUGUCCCCCCCAAAAAAAGAUUGCUUGUUGAUACGUAUCUGGCCUUUACCACUGAAACUGUCCAGUCUAACACAUAAGCAUAAAUAUGUUCACAUUGAGUGCAGGAAAGUCAGCGUGUGUUUUCAAGUGUAUUUUAGCACGCUAAUGAACAAAUUUCAUUUAUAUUUAUUUACAGACCUCAUUUUAUUCCUUUAAUAGGUUUAAGAAAUGUUUUCAAUAGUAUGUUGAUUACCAUAUUACAGGGAAAAUAAAACCUAUAACUACAGUUCAGGCUGUAAAGUAAAAUUUAUACUUAAAAUUUGAAUGGGCCAUGCCUGAAAAAUUCCAAGGAUGAUAGUACAUUUGUACUAAGAGACAAAACGUGUCCCCAAAGAGUUAUACACACUUGGAUUUCAAAGCGCAAUGGACUAUACAAUAUUUAACUUUAAAAGCUAAGAGGUAAAUGCACGUACAGUUUGCCUUUCUUUGUGCCUUCUUCCCUCCCACCUCCCUUCACCACAAGACUUUCAUGUACUGAUAGACUUUUCUCUUUUGUUUAUGUACACAGUUGUUAAUGAGCAGUACUCUCAAAAGGAACUACUUGAUGUCAAAUCCCACUCUAUGAAGUAGCAGUAUUGUCCCUGAAGUAGUAAAAGACAUUUGCUAGACUAGUGAACAGUAUCUCAAUGGAAGCAUAGUGCAUACUAGCUCAGUGCAUUUUCUUUGAUGUUACUAAAGAGGAUACUGCAGUAAAAAAUAUUUUCACUGUAAAAUUUUGAAUAAAAUGAUUUAAAAAUACCCAACAUUAAGAACUGUGAGAUAUUUCAUUAUAAAAAGGAAUUCAUAAAAAUGCACGUGUUUAGAAGAGGAAUAGAUUAAGGAUUACAAGAGGAGUGUAAUUUGCUUUCUUUUUGGAUAGUACUUCCAAAUCAGUGGCUUUUGUGGCUAGAGACAGGUUUGGCACCGUUUCAGGAUCUCACCCCGUGAGCCAUCCUCCCAGGACAGGACUGCCCUCCUUUCUACUGCCAAGGGAGCAUGCUCUCAUGUCCAGUUCCUUCCAUAUUAGCCACUGCAACAUUUGCAAAUGAUUUAUGUGUUGAGAUCAGGUGAGGUCUUGCUAUAAUUUAAAAUUUUCUUAAUAAAGACUGCGUAAGUUUGUUACCAUUAUCUUAAAAGAUAUUUUUGCUUCUUCCUAGAAAAACUUUCCUUUUAUGAUUAUAUUGAUUACUUGUAAAAGAAUUUUGCUGUGCUUGGUGCAAAAGGAUAUUGGGAGUGGCUGACUAUGGCAGACAUGUAAGGCAAAUUGACAGCCUAUUAAAAUGCAUAGCAUUUGCAGUUGGUAUUAGGACAUAAAUCUCUGUCUUUAUUGAAAGAAUACUGGCUAAUAUCUUCCCUGUUAGGCAUGCCAAGUGGCAGGGGAGAGAUUGCGUUGUUAUUUAUUUAUUUUUUUUAAACAAUCCAAUGGAUUUGUUUUUGUCUUUAUUUUGAGAACAACUUGAAGGAUUUUUUUUUUUCAUUUUAGAAGAUAGAGAAUAUGUAUACCUAUGUUUUAAAUUACUAUAACCUAAUAUAAAUUAUAACAUCGAGAAGUACAAAAAGCUCUAACUAUUGAUGUUGUUAUUUCCCUGGUAUUUAAUUUUUAUAAAUGGUUUUGUAAGUAAAUAAUUGUAGUAUUGCUUUUGAGUAGUUUAAAGUCAUCCUUAAAUAAAAUAAGUUCUGACUCAACAUACUUAUUUAGUACAAUAUUCUAAAGUGAAGUACUCUGAUGUGAAUUUGAAACAUGCCUGCAUUUCCUAAGUUUCUCCAUAUGUAUAUGUACAUACAUCAGUAUCCAAGAAAAGCAUACCAGAAGCCUGAUUUCCACAUUGCAUUGAUAAAGAGCUUGGUAUUUUGCCUUCAUAUAACUCAGUUGCCUGGGUGAAAUAGAAUAUAAAUCUCUUCAAAUGUCUGUCCAAUCACAAUUUUCAAAAUGGUAACUUUUCAUGUGGGGGUGCAUGAUGCCAAGUUUAUCUUUAAUCAGCCUUUAUUACUGGAUGUAUAACAAUGGAUAUUUUCCUACCUGGUCAGUAGGUUGUAGAUUUAAUUGUUUUUUGUUUUUGUUUUUUUUUUCCAGUAGAUUCUCACUACAUUUUCAAAUCUAUAUUUGGAAAAAUCUGCAAAGUGCUAUCAGUAAGUUAGUUAGCAUCUUUGGCCUUAUCUAUGCAUAAUGUUUCUUAGUUUAAUUUUGACAAACUCACUGACAGUCAAUUCCUUUGUAGUGUUGUAACUUACUGUGAUGUAAUGAAUUUUUUUAAUGUUUAUAUGAUUCAUUAUUAAAAUAUAGGAUAUUGUAGAGCUUUGCAUGAAAUAAAUGACAUCUCUAUGAG